AUGAAACUCAUUGCGGGAUUAUUGGCCGCCGGCCACUCGGAAAAACUUCGAUUUGGUGCAAAUCAGUGCACAUAUGGCCCAGCUCAUUGGUGCCAAGAUAUUGUCGCCGCUUCCAACUGCGGCAAGGGAGCUGUGACCUACUGUUCCAACAAUGAGUGGAAUAAAGAUACCGCUCCCACUGAAUCAUGCGAGUCCUGCAAAACCGCAAUCGGCCUCGUCAACAUGUAUCUCACCGACAACAAAACACGAGCUGAUGUGAAAGAAGUAUUGGAUUACGCUUGCUUCAAAUGCCCCGAGCAAGAUGCCUGCAAAAAGAUGAUCGACGAAGAGACCGACAAGGUCUUCGACUUUAUCCAGAAUGUUGUCGAUCCCGAAACAGUCUGCACUGGUCUUCGAAUCUGCUCCACCGAUGUCGACGAGUCUUUCUACAAGGCGAUCGAGAUGAACAUGGAAGACAUGCCUUCUACCUUUGUCAAAGUUGAGCAGCCAGAGCUCCCACCAAUGCCCAUCGAUUUGGGUGCUCUUCCAGAGGAAAGUCCCUCGAAAACUUUGAAGACUACCCUUGGCAAUACUGGGUGUGAUAUCUGCAAGUUGGCUGUCAUCAAGAUUGAUGAAGCUCUCGAGGACAAGGAAACUGACGGUGAAGUCAUGGACUACGCAGAGCAAGCUUGCGACAUUCUCCCAGCUUACGCUGAUCAGUGCAAAGCUGCCAUCGAGAUGUACGGUCCCCAGAUGAUCAAAAUGGUCGAGGACAACCUCAAGCCAAAUGUCAUCUGUGCUGCUGUUGGUCUCUGUGACAAAUCGGCUGACUGGCGUCUUCCAGAAUCCUGCGCUCAGCCUGCUUUGGCUGGUUUCUGCAGAGCACUCAUCCCAAGCUACUUCUUCAACACUGACUCUGGCAAAUGUGAGAAGUUCAACUACGGAGGCUGUGGAGGCAACACUAACAGAUUCGACUCUCUCAAGCAGUGCGAAGAUCGAUGCGAAAAUGCUCUCGGAAUGGGCAUCUGCGAAGACUGCAAGCUCGCCAUCGACUACGUCAAGGCAUACAUUGAAGACAAAGGAAAUCAGGAAGAUAUCGAGCAAGCCCUUGAACACAUCUGCGACUCUGUCCCUGAUUCCUUCAAAAUGGAAUGCCAGGAUAUUGUCGACGUCUACGGUCCCCAGAUCCUUCAAUUCGCUGAUGGUGUUCUUGAUCCCAACUUUAUUUGUGAAAAAGCUCAACUCUGCGCCGCCCCAACUUCUCGACCCCUUCUUGGCAUCGAUGAAUGCACUCUUGGUCCUAAAAUGUGGUGUUCCUCAGUCGAAAUGGCCAAGAAAUGCAAGGCCUACCAGUAUUGCAAAGAUAAAGGACUUCUUCCUGAUAACUAA